GGCGCGGGGGCGGCGGGGCGCGGGGCCGCCUCGGGGCGCUUCUCUCGCCGAGCUGGGAGGCGUGAGCGGCGGCCGUAGGUGCCGUCAGGGGAUCCCCGCUGAGCUACCGGGCGCCUUCGUGCCGGCGCGGCGCUUAGGGGGCUGCAGCCCCCGAGGUCGCCGCGUCGGUCCGUUGAUAAUGAAUGGGCGAGGAGGAAAGGAGAGGGCUGGCGUGCUGCUGCUGUGAGCGGCGUUUGCUCGUGGCCGCGGCGUGGCUGUGGGGGUGAAGCCGGGCGCGGAGGGAAGUGCCUCGGCACCCGGCCCCACGCAGUGCAUGGCAGACGCCGCUCCGGAGCACGGCGUUCACCCAGCGUCCGUCCUCCUGCAGUCAGCUGGGCGCCACGCUGUGUCUUGCAGCCGCAGCUCUGCAGCCAGGGCCCAUGCUCGAUCGUAAGGCUGCUAAGGGGCAUGCGUCUUUGCUCUAGCAAACAGUGCUCAGAAACAUCCUAUUAUCUUACUGUAUAUAUGUGUGUAUAUAUAUAUGUACGGUUCUCCACGAGGCAGGAGCGUGCAUUCUUGUGUUCUUGCAACGCACAGCACAGGGUAGAGUAGCUCCAAGCUGGAGCCUCUCAGUGCUACCAUUUGCACAUGAGUACUGGCUGUACAGCAUGGGAUGUGUUUCAGGGACUCCACCAUGUGAUGCCCAAGGAACCUCAUAACCGAGGAACCUGCCAUACUCUCCUGUCCCACAAGCAUAGAGAUUCUGCUAAUGGAGGACACCAACUACAUCCCUCAGAGUCACGCUCUGCCCAUUGCUCAGGAAAACCCCAUUGCUUGGGGGAAGCCCAUACAUGCGGUCGCUCUGGCUGUACUGCAGCCUGGGCACACUACAGAUUCUGUCAGCAGUGCUUCCUGGCAGCCUCUGGUUCACAUCUUCCUUUGCACGUGCAGCUAUCUGCUGUGUUAGCAUCAUUUUCUCAGUGUUAAGCCAUGCAGAGUAACGAAGUGAACUAGAGCACGAUGGCACCGUGUUCUAACUGCUCUCUCUUGCUUGGUCUCUCUUCCAGAUCUAGCUGCCUUCACACAGACCAUGCUCCCAAAGGCUGUAUGAUCAUUUCUGGUGACCGCCAGCGGAGGCUCACUGGGGCCCGUGCAGCAGAGCAGGAGGCCGAGGGGUUCCUGCUGCCCCCCGGGCAGAGAUACCGGCGUGUGGCCGACCCGCAGUGAGGUGUCAGCUUCAGAGGCGAUCCGAGACGAGAGCCGCCGUGAGGUGCUCCGGACCUGGGAGGAAGCGGAGCGGCGGCAGCAUGGACAAGGACGGCACCAACCUGGCCGACCAGCAGUAUGAGUGCGUGGCUGAGAUCGGCGAGGGAGCCUAUGGGAAGGUGUUCAAGGCCCGCGACCUGAAGAAUGGUGGCCGCUUCGUGGCGCUGAAGCGGGUGCGGGUGCAGACCAGCGAGGAGGGCAUGCCGCUCUCCACCAUCCGGGAGGUGGCCGUCCUGAGGCACCUGGAGACCUUCGAGCACCCCAACGUGGUCAGAUUGUUUGAUGUGUGCACCGUGUCACGAACAGACAGAGAGACCAAGUUAACAUUGGUGUUUGAACAUGUGGAUCAAGACUUGACUACUUACUUGGAUAAAGUUCCAGAGCCUGGAGUGCCUACUGAAACUAUAAAGGAUAUGAUGCUUCAGCUGUUUCGGGGACUGGAUUUUCUGCAUUCACAUCGUGUGGUGCAUCGGGACCUGAAACCCCAAAAUAUCCUUGUAACCAGCAGUGGACAGAUCAAGUUAGCUGACUUUGGCCUUGCACGAAUCUACAGUUUUCAGAUGGCUCUUACAUCAGUGGUUGUUACUUUGUGGUAUAGAGCUCCUGAAGUUUUGCUUCAGUCCAGCUAUGCAACACCAGUUGAUCUUUGGAGUGUUGGUUGCAUAUUUGCAGAAAUGUUCCGUCGAAAACCACUCUUCCGUGGAAAUUCAGAUGUUGAUCAGCUAGGAAAAAUCUUUGAUGUAAUUGGACUCCCAGAAGAAGAGGACUGGCCUAACGAUGUUGCCCUUCCGAGAAAUGCUUUUGCUUCCAGACCCGCACAACCUAUUGAAAAAUUUGUACCAGAUAUUGAUGAAAUGGGCAAAGACUUGCUUCUUAAAUGCUUAGCGUUCAAUCCAGCCAAGAGAAUAUCUGCCUAUGCUGCCCUGUCUCACCCAUAUUUCCAUGGUCUGGAGAAAUGCAAGGAGAAUCUGGACUCGCACAUGUCAUCCAGCCAAAACUCCAGUGAGGUGAAUGCAUCACAAUGCUGACUGAAGAUGAACCUAUAAAUGAACAAGAUGUGUAGCUGACAAGGCCACUGUCUCAUACAAACCACAUGGCUGUUCUAGUGAAGAUCAUUGUUUGGAGGUUUUACACACUGUCUUUCAUUUUGGGAUUGCAAUGUGCUUAUCCAAGGAAAUCAACGUAGUUUACUUUCAUCAGAGCAAUGCAAGGGCCAGGGCUUUGGCCUGCUCCCAUUGCAGCUUUAUGUUUGUUUUGUUUUUGUCUUGUUUGUCUGCCUGGGAAAACUCCAGACGAAGAGAAGCUGCUGACCACUUUUGCUGCCGUUUUAUCCUUCUAAAAUUGAAUGCUGCCAGUGUGGAGUAAGAUGAUCAAGUCACUGCCAAAACAGGAUACAAUCUCUCUCUAGCUGCUGAAGCAUGAUUUGGUACUUCUGUUAUGAUGGUGUGAUCUCUUAGAGUGAUAUUUAAAGAAUGGCAUUGAAAUAUCAGAUCUCUGCAACCUGCAGUUAACUGAUACAUACAUUAAUACAUCCAGCUACUGUGCACUCAUAGAAUACAUGCAGGUCCUUCCCCAACUGAAAA